AUGAUAACAAAAAUCUCUGGUGGUGUUAUGUCUGAGAGCUCUUCGGCAUCUAUCACUAUCAUGGAGUCGGAAUUUCGACUUAUCAGACCAGAUGAUGAUAUUCCAAUCUGCUUUGAAAAUGCAAUGGACUAUGUAUUUGCUUACACCAACUUUUCUGGCAAUGUUAGCUUGAUUAGUGCCGUUAUUAAUGCUCUCAUACACAAUUAUUGCACGAGUUAUAUCAUUGCAAUCACCCAAAGCAAGUGUAGGAGAGCUCGUCCUAGAAAAUUGACAGCCAAGACUGACACAUCAUUGUUGAACAAAUCAUCAGGAGCAAAACGUCAGACAACAGUGACAACAGUGACAAUGAAGCCAGCCCAGUCUGUUAGGAAAUGA